AUGUCGACUUCUUCCGAGCGAACUGCUUCUGCUGCCGCCGGGACUUCUUCUCCGACCGUCGGAAAUACGUUGUCUGGUGCACACCACUAUAUCACGAUGAAGCUGACUCUCAAGAACUAUCUAUUCUGGAGGAUGCAGCUCCUCUCUUUCCUCCGCGGCCAGGAUCUCCUGGGCUUCGUGGAUGGUAGCUUUCCAUGCCCGCCGGCCACAAUUCUCGGCACUCCGACGACCGGCGAUUCGGCAACCACCUCGGCCGCGGGUGUAGCGGUCGUGAAUCCGGCGUACCAUGCCUGGGUUAAACAGGAUCAAACCAUUGUCUCCCUCCUCGUUUCGUCCAUGGCAGAUGAAGUCCUUCAUCUUGCUCUUGGCCGGGAGACGUCAGCUGCCAUAUGGGCCUCCAUCACCGGCGCCCUGGGAUCCUCUAGUCAGGCUCGGUGUCUCACCUUAUUGAGCCAAUUCCAGAUGUUACGUCAAGGGAAUGCCUCCACUGCCGAUUACCUCGGGAGAGCUGGUGUUCUCGUCGAAGCCCUCAUCCAAGCUGGUCGCCCACUCACGCUGAUGGAGCAGAACCUGUAUGUUAUUCGAGGUCUGCGACCGGAGCUGAAGUCCCUUGCGACGUCUCUCACGGCGACUGGAGCGGCGGUGACUCUAACGCAUUUGUCCGAUUUUUUACAGGCCCAUGAGUUUAUUCUCGUGGACGACUAUCCGUCUCUUGAUGCCGCAGGUUCACACACUGCCCUGUAUGCCGGUACUGGUCGGGGCUCGCACGGCGGAGGCAGGCAGUCGCAAAACUCCCAGCAGCAGCGGGGUGGCCGGUCAGGCCGUGGUGGCCAGAACCGGGGAGGACGUGGUGGUCGCGGGGCGCCGAGAUGCCAAAUUUGCCGGUCACACGGCCAUUCGGCGGUCUACUGCUACAAAAGAUAUACAACCUAA